AUGUCUUGGCUCAACCUCUUCAGCCGGCGCAACGAAGCCUCACCGACAUACAACCCCGUAUCUGAGGACGAGGACAAGCUGCUCGAUGAACCUGUGCAGACAACUAAGAUCGAGCUGGAAAGGCUCAAGCAAGCCAAUGCGAACUUGAAGCGUGUGCUGGCCGUCUUCGCUACCUUCUUCCUGGCCUUCCUCGCUCUCAUUGCAUUCAAAAGUUGGGAGUCUCAUGGAGACAGCCUGAUGUUCCCGCGCAUCCUCAAGUCGCCUGUACCGCNNCCAGUCAGCGAGUCCGCCUACCAUGACUUCACCAUCGCUGAUAACCUCUUAGUGCCCAUGAACAUUCAGACUUUCGAGCGCAACUCUCUCUACGCAUCCCGUCCAUCCCCUGAAUCCGAUGCAGCCUGGAAUGCACUCCUCCCCGAAGGCCGCGGUUUCGUCUACGUGCCUGAGUCCGAAAAACACUCUCUGCCACCAGGCGAAAAGACGUUCUAUGGCGAGAUCUACUCCGUGUCCUUGUUUCACCAACUGCACUGUCUGGGUCAGCUGCGCAAGUACUAUUGGCUAUUGAUCGAUGGAGUCACAAGCAACAGCACAAGUCUGAGACCCAUGGUGGAUGGCUUGCUAGGGCCUUCUGGUGAACAUGUGUCGCAUUGCUUUGACUACUUGCGACAAACGCUGCAAUGCGCAGGUGACAUGGCUUUAGAAUGGCCGAGGAAAGAGGAGGAUGGUAGCAGGUUUGCUGUGGAUGGAUGGGGUAUCCCUCACGAAUGCAGGAGCUGGGACCAUAUCGUCGAUUACAUGAAGGGGUCAUAUUUCAACCUUUCCAUGAACAGCGAAAUCGCGCCCGAUCAUCCCAUGCAUCAAGAUGGCACGGCGAAACUAUGA